AUGGUCGAACUGAUCAAGCUGGCUCAUAUGCCGCCGGACCUGCCGCUCUAUGUCGUCAUGUACACGGACGUGCAGAAUGCCCCGUUCCUCAAGGAACAGUUGCUGGCAGGCAACUCCGAGUUCGAGUACGCCUUUAUUGACGCGAAAAUGGUCGUCUCUACCACCCAUGUGCUUGCUGCCGCUUUCCGGGCCAUGAACGACUAUCUCAACGAGAGGUUGAAGUCACGCAACGUUCACUCGGAGAUUGUCUUCUCUCUGAGCCCGAACAACAAUAUCGGCGAGGCUUUCCGCAGGUUCGGAGUCGGCGAGUCAACUAAAGAUUUACUGGUGUUGAAGGUGGCCACGACGCCGGAAGUCACCCUGGAAAGCGUCACUCAACAUCUAACAACGCACAUCCAGGGCAAACCGAGUCCGUUUGAUGACGCAGGUUUUCGCAAGGUCGCCGACAUUGACACAAUCCGAAAGGUUUACAAACUCAACUCUACAGUCCCGGGUGGCCGCCGUCCUGGCAACUCUAUUAGCAGCGGAUCUGGUGCGAAGGACAGCGGGUCCGUUGAUGUGACGAAAAAUCUUGAGGUCCAGAUUCUCGGCCUCAUGGCUCUCCGUGGGGCAACGUGA